AACUUAUUAAAGACAAUACAACUGACCAUUUCCUUCAAACGAGAAGCAGCCCCCCCCCAACAACCAAAAAAAAAAAAAAUGUCUCUUGCCUUUCUUCUCUCCCUAGCAAACAUACUCAUCCUCGCAGCCGCACAACUCCGCCCUGGUUUCUACUCAAAAACAUGUCCCGACGCAGAAUAUAUUGUUCGGAGAGUGAUGAAGAAGGCGAUGGAGGUAGAAGUUAGGAGCGUUGCGUCAAUCAUGCGGUUGCAAUUCCAUGAUUGUUUCGUUAAUGGUUGUGAUGCUUCGCUAUUACUAGAUGAUACACCGGACAUGCUUGGAGAGAAGCUCGCCUUGUCAAAUAUAAACUCUCUUAGAUCAUAUGAAGUUAUUGAUGAAGUCAAAGAGGCUUUGGAGAGAACUUGUCCUGAGAUCGUUUCUUGUGCUGAUAUCUUAGUCAUGGCUGCCAGAGAUGCCGUUGUUCUGAGCGGAGGACCGAAUUGGCAAGUGAAGCUAGGAAGAAGAGAUAGCUUAACAGCAAGGCAAGAAGACUCAAACGAGAUCAUGCCAAGCCCAAGAGCUAAUGCUAGCUACCUUAUCAGCCUGUUCAAUAAAUUCAACCUAUCAAUCAAAGAUCUCGUGGCCCUUUCUGGCUCUCACUCUGUAGGCAAAGGUCGGUGCUUCUCCGUUGUCUUUCGACUAUACAACCAAUCCGGCUCCGGCAAGCCAGAUCCCGCCUUCGAUCCCAGGUACAGAGAAAAGCUAGACAAGCUUUGCCCGCUCGGUGGAGACGAAAAUGUCACAGUGGACUUGGAUGCAACACCAGAGAUAUUUGACAACCAGUAUUUCAAGGACUUGGUACAUGGGCAAGGAUUUUUGAAUUCAGAUCAAAAUUUGUUCACUAAUGAGAAAACCAGAGAAUAUGUCAAGCAAUUUAGUGCUAACCAAAGUGAGUUCUUUCGUGCAUUCGUUGAGGGUAUGAUUAAGAUGGGUGACCUACAAUCCGGUCGACCAGGAGAGAUCAGAAGGAAUUGUCGAGUGGUCAAUUUUCGAUCACUAGACAUACUACUAGAUGAUGAGGGAAAGUAAAUCAAGCACUGUGACUAUAUAAUAAACCUCUUGGAUAAGUAGAAAGCCGAAGGAUGAGCAAUUUUGCACGUCUCCUUGUAUAGGCAUUAAUUACGUGAUGCUAUUAAUUAGUGAUAUAUGGUAUAAGUCUUAGUCACCUUAACUUAGAUAGCUUAAUUUGUUUGGCUUCGCAGAAAGGCCAAACGAAUGUGUCAGUUGAUUAGCUACGGGCUACACUACAGCUAUCUGGAUUGCUGAAAAGAACAUUAAUUGUCAUCAUUCUGAUUGGAAACAAACAUAAAGUUUGUUCUUCAUGGGGUUAAGGAGAGACUUCGGCGGUGGAAUUAAGCAUUCAUGAACAAGAAGAAUCUAUAAUAUAUUUUUCCCAGGUUUGGAUGUUUGUUUUGUGUUCCUUGUAAUUGCUGAUGAUAUGAUAAUGUCGGGCAUAUAUAUAUUAUAUAUGGUCCAUCUUCCUUUUCA